AUCUCCAUUAAUAUCUGAGUUUGUACACGACAACGACACAGCUGGUUCAUAUGCAGCAUUACGAACAGAUCACGAGGAAAUAUAUUCAAACGCAGACUACAGGAAUGUGGCUGUUCAAGGUAUUCUUCAUCAAAGAACAACCUGUGAAUCAGGCCUUGUACUUCGGCUAGUGUGUGCAGAGCAAGUAUUUGAAAACGAAAUUCAAGAUUGUGGAAUAUCGAUCGAGUCUGCUCGCAUCAUAGGAGGCAAUGAUGCGUCUCUCGGACGAUGGCCAUGGCAAGUUUCAUUGCAGUAUAAUGGCCAGCAUUUGUGCGGAGGAUCUCUCAUCAACCACCAAUGGGUGGUUACUGCAUUUCAUUGUUUUAUAGGAAGAAACAUUGAACAAAUCGAAGUCUGGUUAGGAUCAAUAUACGCCGUCAAUCCCGACUCUCAAACAUUGGUGAGACGCAACAUUAGUAAAAUAGUUUCACAUCCAAAGUUUAGCUAUAUAAACGAUGAUUACGCCCUCAUAAGGUUAAGCGAACCAGUGAUAUUUACUGACGCCAUUAAGCCGGUGUGCUUGCCAACAUCUAAUAUGACUUUUGAACCAGGAUCUUAUGGCUAUACCACAGGAUGGGGUUCGGUCAUAAUGUAUGGUGAUUCACCCGAUGUUCUACAAGAAGUACGUGUCGUAGUCAUAAGCCUUGAAUAUUGUCGCCGUCGCGUUCACGUUGCAAACGUUACGGCUGAUAUGAUAUGUUUGAAAGACAGGAAUGGCGGACAGGGAAUUUGUCACGGAGAUAGUGGUGGUCCAUUUGUCGUAAAUCGUGAUGGAAGAUGGUAUCUUGUCGGUGUGGUAACUGGCGUCCGAACGUGUGCUGGGCGAAGUGAUCCCGCUAUAUAUGCCCGCGUUUCAAGAUUUCUUGAUUUUACUUAUUAUACAAUAUGGGAACAUGCUCUUGCCGUUAUUCCUAUUUCGUAGUCAGAAAAAAGAUUCUUAGAUUUGUUUAUGUUUCUUUUUUUUUUUCGUUGUUACAUUGUGUGCUACCAAAGUUUGAAACCGAAUUUCAGUUUAUUUUGACUUUGUACAUUAAUUUUAAGGAAUUAGCUCAGAGACUUUUAACUGCAGCACAUUUAAAAUCCCUUAAGUAGCUUCCAUUUGAAAAAAAUAGGAAAAUAUCCUAACCACAACCAACAGAUGUAUGUGUAUAAAUGAUUCUACAGUAUAAGGUACACCAUAAUUUGUUAUUUUGACAAUAAAGUUGACUUGUAUCUUGUACCUAUGACAAUAUAUCGUCCAUCCGUUCUUUGCAUAGAACCUUAAUUGUGUUGACUCAAACGUAAAUGUAUCAAUUUGUGUAAUCAGUUGUAGUUGGGAUUCAAUAUUUCGACAUUAAUUAUGUCAUCAUCAGGAAUGAUGAUGACAUAAUUAAUGUCGAAAUAUUGAAUCCCAACACGAUGGCGUGUAUUUCAAUACUUGGAGUAUGUAUUAUACUUUCUUAUCUGAGAUUAAUCAGUGGACCUUUCAGUUGUAGUUAAUAAGAGACAACAAUGUUUCCAUACAAAUCAGUAAAGGGCGCUAUCUAUGCCCUUUCGUUAAGGUUCAGAACAAUCGAGUUUUCUAUGAUAAUACCCAAAGUUAAGAUUAGUUUAUGUCUUUCAUUCAUGUAUCAUGGCGUACGCAAGCAAAAAUGAAACCUAAUUUAAUGUUUUAAUUGGAUUUACGAUCUUUAAAUUUGUUGGGCAAAAUAUAAUGCUGCAUUUAAAUAACUUAGUUUCUCAUUAGUAAAAUGCCAAUUUAAAAAAAUGUUUUUCUAACCAGUUUGAAAAUACUUAAAGGUUAUUAAUUAUAUAAUUUUCCUAUUUGCUUUGCCACCUGUCUUAGUUUUCAGUUGAUUUGCGUCUUCUCUCGUCCUGUUCUAGUCCUGUUUUUCUUUUCAGACUGUCCCAGCCCAGUAUUUUUGUUUGCUUCUUUUUUUUUUCUUUUCUUUUUUGCAUUUCUUACUUGUACCGUAUAUGAAAACAAUCACUUUCCAUUAUAUGCAUGGGAAAAGAAAGUGAACAAUGUUACAUUAAAUUUGAAACAAUAAAUAAAUAAAUGAAAACAACAAA